UCUGCUUGUUCAUGUACUCCAGGAGGCAAGAUCAGAGACAGAACUGCUGCUUUUACCACCUUUCAAUGCUGCCAGAACGCCAACUUUACCAGCAUUGGUCAAAUUAAAGGAAAGUCCGGCAACGGUGUUUGCGACUUUAGUCAGAACUCCGGCUUUGCCAAGCUUUCUAUGCUUCAAAUGACUGUGGUCAAUGCUCCGCUAGGCCGAGAUUGCGCGAUGCAAAUCACCUUGGUGACUUGCACCCAUGAAUUCGCGGGCCAGUUUGGACCUCCGUGCCCUCUGGCUCUAUCUUCCAACAUAAGCCCCGUUUGCCUAGUCUCGAGGUCUGAAAGCCCCAAGCUGAACCUCGGUGCUACCAACGGUGCUUAUUUCCAGUGCUUCCAAAUACAAGCAAGAUGCGGCAGGAGGGCUGAUGGGGCUUGA